AUGGUGGCGAGGAGCCCCAACGCCAAGCCGGACAGGCAGACGGCGGCAGCCCUCGCCGCGGCUGCCGCGCUCAACCCGGCUCUCGUCAGGGAGACGCUCAAGAAGGUUGACCGGUGCAUGGCGCGGCUGCAGGAGCUGCAGUACACGGUGGCCGGCGGCGCCAAGGUCGUCUCCGGCGUCAGCCUCAGCCCGCGCAGCACGCGCGGGUACCUCCGCACCAGCCUCCGAUGCAAGCAGGAGACCGUCAGGCAAGAUGAGGGCGCCGCCGCGUCGGCGCAGAAGAGGUCCCCGAACGGCAAGUUCGGCGGCGGCGGUGGAGAGGGCGCGCAGUGGCGGCGAAUGUCGCUGCCGGCGAUGUUGCUCGGCGAGACCGUGCUAGAGAUCGUGCAGGCCAGCCAGUUCGCGCGGGACAUCGUCACGGCUGCCGGCGCUGCGAAUCGGGAGCCCCCGAGGACCCCGAAACCGGUUCCCAGGACCAGGAAGCCUGCGGCGGCGGGGGCGGAGCAGACGCCCCUCCGCGCGCGGCGUGCCCGGGAAAAGCAGAGCCAUCGGGGUGGCGCCGCGACGCGCUUCGCCGACGCCGCCACCCCGCCGUCGCGUGGCCGCGUGCGGUCCCGGAUCCAGUUCAAGCCCGCGUCGCCGCCGGUGGCCGUCGGCCGGCCGUCGGUGUCCGCCAACCGCGUCUCCCGAAGAACCGGCCGUGGGCGAAGAAGGCGGUGA